UUUUUGCAAGCGGCAUUUUGUACACUGAGAGAAAAAAAGCUGUGGAGAACGUGGAGACAAAAGAUCUCUAUUUAGAAAGAAUGUCUAGAAUGCUUCUUAAAAGAUAGCUCCCCGUCUCCCGUGGGAAUGAUGCGUUUGGCGCGCUUUACGCAGGGCUUCUCCUUUAAUAAGAAUGCGGCCAAGGAAAACUUGCACCGGGCAGGAAGGCGAAGGAGCAGCUUAGGUGACAGUUGCAACGCCAACGGCCUGGCAGCCAGUGGAGGCGUUGGAGGGGGCGGCGGCAGCGGCGGCAGUGGCGGAGGGGGCGUGGUUGGCUGUGUCGGAGGGGACGGGUGCAACAGUGGGAGUGACCGGGCGAGCAUCACAAGUAGCGGCAGCAGUGGCAGCAAGCGGAAGGGGAAGCGAACAAAGUGGUUCGGUAGCACAGUGUUUCGGUGUUGCCUCCCUUGUCGCGGGGGCUCCGGAUCCGCAGCCCCCGCCACAAGUCCGCCCCAAACUCCCAACGCCCAGACGCCGACGGACGGCGCUGGCGCCGGUGACGACGCUGACGACAACGACGCUGCCUACUGUCAUCAUCAGAAGGAUAAGCAGGAUCUGUCCAAGGACUAUAUUAAAUCGGAGAAACUAAGUCCCGAUUCCAAGGAGGAGUUACUUUAUAGCGAGAAGAAGCAUUCGCUGGCCGACACGAUUAAUACGUCGGUGACCACGCCCAUUUCCCUCAAGACCCUAAUCAACGACUGUGACGUCGAGGCGGAACUGCGAGCGGAAGCGGAAGUGGACCAGCAGCUAAGUGCAGCGGAUAUAGCGGCCGCCAGUUUGGCCAGCGGUCUGGUGGCUCGUCGAGCGGAACCGGAAACGCUCAGUGACGCCAGCGUCUCGCCCACCGCAGUGGUGCAACACCAACAGACCCAAAACCAGCAACAACAACAGCAGCCACUACUGCCCACCAUCAUAACCACCACAAAUACGAACAACAAUCUGCUCAGCCAAGUAACCACACUCUACAGCAAUCCCACAAAUCCGAGUACCAAUCCCAACCCAAAUCAGUCACAAAACCAAACACCAAACACAAAUCCCAAUCAGAACCAGAACCAGAGUCAGAAUCAGAAUCAGAGCCAGCGGUGCACCUGCCAGCCGCAGACCUCACCCUUGCCACACAUCAAGGAGGAGGAGGAAUCGGAGCAGGCCAAUAGCGCCAAGCUACAGCGCCAGGAGGAGCCUCACUUGCCGCCGAUAACCAUAGCCGGAGGCUAUUGUGGCAGCUGCGAGAGCAUCCACCACAGUUCGGCCACCUCCUCGUCGCAGGGCGCUGGGCCCAGUCAAGGCAGUCAGGCAGGACAGGAUUACAUAGCAGGCUCUGCUUCGACUCCCUCGCCGCGCAUUAAACUCAAGUUCCGGAAACCGCACAAAUCCUGCUGGUCGCGCAUCGUCCUUGCUCCCAUCGGCUCCAACGCCGGCUCCUCGGCCGCCUCAACUGUUAUUGGAAGCAAUUCGAACGAAACUUUGGCCUCCUGUGGCGCUGGUAGCGGUAGCGGCAGCACCACCGGCACCGGCACCGCCACCCAAAAUAGCAGCAGCAUCAGCGUUGCCGCUCAUCACCGGCUCAGCUCUAGCUCGGCCUCCGCCCUAGCCACCUCCCAUCCGAGUGGCUCGGCCACCCAGCUCCUGCCCUCCGGCAAAAUGCAGGCGGAGCAGGGUUCCAUAGGGGACCUACAAAAGUAUCAUAGUCGUUAUCUUAAGAACCGACGACACACCUUGGCGAAUGUUCGUUUCGAUGUAGAAAAUGGCCAAGGCGCUCGAUCACCGCUCGAGGGCGGCUCACCCAGCGCCGGUCUGGUUCUCCAGAAUUUGCCGCAGCGUCGCGAAUCAUUUCUAUAUCGAUCCGAUUCCGAUUUCGAGAUGUCGCCCAAGUCCAUGUCCCGAAACUCAAGCAUCGCUAGUGAAAGGUUUAAAGAACAGGAAGCCUCUAUACUCGUUGACCGAUCCCAUGGCGAGGAUCUCAUUGUGACGCCUUUCGCCCAAAUUUUAGCCAGCUUACGUUCAGUGCGCAACAAUUUAUUAAGUCUGACAAAUGUUCCAGCAUCAAACAAAUCCAGGCGGCCCACGCAAUCCUCGACGGCUGCCCGCACGGCAAACCCACCUGGAGUACCCCUGUCCCAGGGGGAGGAGGCCUACACCCGGCUGGCGACCGACACCAUUGAGGAACUGGACUGGUGCCUCGACCAGCUGGAGACGAUCCAGACCCAUCGCAGUGUCUCCGACAUGGCCUCUCUUAAGUUCAAACGGAUGCUCAACAAGGAGCUUUCACACUUCAGCGAGUCCAGCAGAUCGGGAAAUCAGAUUUCCGAAUAUAUAUGUUCCACAUUUUUGGACAAACAACAAGAAUUCGACCUGCCAUCACUGCGUGUCGAUGAAAAUCCGGAACAUGCCGCCGCCACCGCUGCCGGUGGCACUGGCGGACAGCAUCCCGCCGGAGGGUCAGCCGCCAAUCGCAGUCGCUCCCCACGCGGGCCGCCCAUGUCGCAGAUCAGCGGCGUGAAGCGACCCCUCUCGCACACCAACAGCUUCACCGGCGAACGUCUGCCCACUUUCGGUGUGGAGACGCCCAAAGAGAACGAGCUGGGCACCCUGCUCGGCGAGCUCGAUACGUGGGGCAUUCAGAUAUUUAGCAUCGGCGAGUUCAGUGUCAACCGGCCGCUCACCUGUGUGGCAUACACCAUUUUUCAGAGUAGAGAAUUACUGACCAGUCUUAUGAUACCACCGAAAACUUUUCUUAACUUUAUGACUACUCUGGAGGACCACUACGUCAAAGACAAUCCGUUUCACAAUUCGCUUCAUGCCGCCGACGUGACACAGAGCACCAAUGUGCUACUAAAUACACCGGCACUGGAGGGCGUUUUCACACCGCUCGAGGUGGGCGGGGCACUGUUCGCCGCUUGUAUACACGAUGUUGAUCAUCCCGGUUUAACCAAUCAAUUUUUGGUUAAUUCAAGUUCCGAACUAGCAUUAAUGUACAAUGACGAAUCUGUUUUGGAAAAUCAUCAUUUAGCUGUUGCCUUUAAAUUAUUGCAAAAUCAAGGAUGUGAUAUAUUCUGUAAUAUGCAAAAGAAACAACGCCAAACUUUGAGGAAAAUGGUUAUUGAUAUUGUGCUGUCCACGGACAUGUCCAAACACAUGAGUCUGCUGGCCGACCUGAAGACAAUGGUGGAAACCAAAAAGGUGGCCGGAUCUGGAGUCCUGCUGCUGGACAACUACACCGAUCGCAUACAGGUGCUUGAAAAUCUGGUGCAUUGCGCCGAUCUGAGUAAUCCCACCAAGCCGUUGCCGCUCUACAAACGUUGGGUGGCCCUCCUAAUGGAGGAGUUCUUCCUGCAGGGCGACAAGGAACGCGAAUCGGGCAUGGACAUUAGCCCGAUGUGUGACCGACAUAAUGCCACCAUCGAGAAGUCGCAGGUGGGCUUCAUUGACUAUAUCGUCCACCCAUUGUGGGAGACCUGGGCCGAUCUUGUCCAUCCGGAUGCCCAGGAUAUACUCGACACGCUUGAAGAGAACAGAGACUACUACCAGAGCAUGAUACCCCCAUCGCCGCCGCCAUCGGGUGUUGAUGAGAAUCCCCAAGAGGAUAGGAUACGCUUUCAGGUAACCCUGGAGGAGUCCGACCAGGAGAACCUCGCCGAGCUGGAGGAGGGCGAUGAGAGUGUCGCCGAUGCUGCAUCGAGCACUACCACCGGCACCACAGCCACCUCGGCGCUGGGGGGCGGCGCUGCUGGCGGCAAUAAGACGGGUGGCAGCCAAAACCAGCACCAGCACGGUGGAAUGUGACGGAGAGUCGUGGGAAUUUAUCGCAAAUUACAGGAAAAGGCACACAACUUUUUCCUAUUACGUUAGUGACUACUAUUAACACACCACAUCGCAUCACAGUCCACCCACCCAUACAUCACAACAACAAACAAACACAAAAAAAGAAGAAAAAAAACCAAAACCAAAAAAAAAACUAAAAAAAAAACAAGGAAAAAC